AAAAAAGUGCCCUUAAAAAAGAACCCAAUAAACCUUUUGUGAAAAAAACUGGCACUGACAAGGAAAAACACCACCACCACUUGCCAUUAUCAAAACCUAUUUACAAAAGGUAGCCUUCCAUUUCCAAGCUCUCACCCCCAAUCCGAAUUCCUGAAAUCAAGCCUCUUACCAUUGCCAGAAACACCCAAACUAGAAAAAAAAAUGUGGCGUAUGCUGGUAGUUUUGAGACGAAAUCUGCAAAACAUCAAAAAGAGCCCCCGAGUGGCCGAUGAGAACAUGUUUGGAGGUGCAGGUAAUAACAAUAAUGGAGCUGAGAUGCCAAUUUUCAUUGACGGAAGAUCCCGUGGUUCCUGGAAUGGUCUUUCUGUCAUUUGCAGCGUUGUUAGAGCUCCUCUUUCUUUAGUUUCUUGCUUCUCUGAACCCCAUGUUAACGGAGCUGAUGGAGUUUGGGUGUCAAGUGAAUUUGCUCAAAUUUCAGAGAUGAAUCACCUGAUGGUGAGUGAUAGCUUGCGGUAUGCAAUCUUGUUGUAAAAAUGAGAUACAAGUAAAUCUUAGAAUUGUUUUCUUUUCUUUUCUUUUUGGGCAAUCAAUCAAGGAAGGGGAAUUUUGCUGUGUGUUCUUUGUUAGGUACUUUGCAUGGAUUGACAAAAUUAUAAAUUGUUGGCUUUUUUUUUUCCUUUUAAUUUUGUUUUGGGCCUUUGGAUUGUGAUCCAUGUAAUUUCCCUUAUAUUUUGCUGUGUGUUCUUUGUUAGAUACUUUGCCUGGAUUGACAAAAUUAUGAAUUGUUGGCUUUUUUUUUUCCUUUUAAUUUUGUUUUGGGCCGUUGGAUUGUGACCCAUGUAAUUUCCCUUAUCAAUAAAUAAAUAAAUAUACACACACACACAUAUAUAUAUAUAUAUAUAUGUGGAAAAGA